GUGAGCACACCUAUGUCUCAGCAGCAAAUGCCAGCAUUUUGUUUUCAGGGCCCAGUCCAGUCUCGGUUUGAGAGGAUUCAGCCAGGAACCCUUCCGCCAAAGAUCAUCGACAUCUCCAGUCAAGCGGCACCUGAGGACACCUUUCUAAUUCAUGCACAUCUGGAGUCACAAGAUUUGCUGUUGUCAUUGUUUGCUAGCCAGCAGACUGGGGAGGGUGUUAGACUGACCAACCUUGUUGCCCACGUUCUGAAACUUAAAGGAACUCUUCGUGUGAAGGCAUUCCGGGAUGGCAAAGAUGUCAAAAUUCGGACUAACUUUGAGGGUCGACCUGACAUCAAGAUUUCUGUCAGGCCAACUAAUCCCUACCAGGAUCCUACCACCCUGGUGGACAUGGGUGUGGUGGAGCAAAAUGUGCGCAAUGCCAUUUCACUGGCCGCCACAACCUUCACCAUCACCCACCUGCUUAUGCCUGGCGACCUGUCCACACUGGCACCUGAAGCUACUGGAGAAACAACUGAGCCACAACGGCCUGAUGAAAUCAGGGUCCGAGCCUCAGAUGCAGGAUGGGGGAUAGCCCAGUCAGACGUUGCCCUCUUAAAUCAGAGGUUUGCAGCGCAGAACUUGCAGAACCAGAUGGCACAACUGGCAUCCUCCAUUCAGCAGCCAGCUCAGCGACAGUCGGCCCACAUACUGCAGCAAGUGCCUCCCCAGAGCCGCCCCCAGCCCAUCCACCAUGUCUCGGUGCAGAAGGGACCUGAAGCAGUGCAGACAUUUUCAGUGCAUCCCAGUCGACAACAGCAGCAAGUGCAGCAGCAAGCUAGUGCUCGGGUGUCCUCCCAGCCUCCUCUGACACAGCCCCAAUCACAGCAGAGCAACAGUGUACAAGGAGUUGGUGGCGCCGAGUCACUUUUCGAGCCAGUUUCGCCCACUCAGUACCAGAGUGCAUUCACGUCCCCCUCACCUGGCCCCCCGAAGCCUCCGCGUAUGGUCGGUGACCGUCGAUUGUUGGUGAAGCUCAUCAAGGGCUCCUCUCUAGCCAGUCAUGAAGGAGCUUCUGUCAGCCCAGUCUGCUAUGUAUCAACGGAUGAACCAGUGCAGAGCUACACAUCCAGCGUUGUCAAGACUGCCAACAACCCAUUUUGGGAUGAACACUUUUUAUUUGAUGUUACCAAUGCAACUCGAGAAGUCAAGUUUGAAGUGUAUGACAAAAGCCGACGUGAUGCAACAAGAGACUUGAAGCGCACACCAAGUAGUCGGCAGAUCCUACGACUUCAGGCAGAGCCAGGAACUUUUGACUACACCACAGGCACCAUCACAGCAGAGUUUCUCUUCAUGGAGCCUGCUGAAGCAGAUCUUCUGCUCAAUUCUAUGAACACAAGCAACAGUCAACUGUCACCAAGGCGACGCAUUGAAGUAUCGCAGACAGUAACACCUAGUGGCACACGUGUCACCACAACUACCACCACCACCCAGAAGCCACAGUAUGGACGUCAGGAACCUGGCUACAAUACAACCCCAAAUUAUGUUGAGAAGUACCUGAAUGCUGAGGCAGACACCUCUGUGGCAUCUGAUAGCAACUCUCCCAGCACUGGAGCGGACUCCUCUGCUGAGCUGAUCGUUAUUAACGGCGUUGAAUCAGUCGCUGAAACUGCCAUACGAGAGCUGUUGGAUCGAUCCCGACGGCCACGCACCCCUACCAAAACUAGCACUCUUAUUAUCACAGGGGUCAAACGGGAGCCAGUCAUUCCACUUAUCAAGACCAUUGAGAGCUCUCCUACUGAGGAGUCUGCAGAAAGUCCUCUAUCCUCUCAAACCUCACCGGAUCGUCAAACUGCACGUGGUUUGACACCUGAGACAGAGAAAAAGAAGACCUCUUUCUGGAAGCGCUUUGGGCGCAAAAAACGCUCAUAUAGUGCUGACCGCUCAUCUUCCAGUGUGCGGGAGGGUAGCUACCUGCGCCCACCUGAACCCCAAUAUGGAGCACAGUCAAAAGAUGACCUCGAACUAGUACGACCCCAGGAGCCAGGGUCGCCCAACCUCAAAAAGUCAAGGUCUUUGGGAGGAAGCCUCAAGAAGCUGUUCAAACGAGGUCGGAAAUCAAGGUCACGUGCAAGGGAGGCUGACACUUCCCGUGAAAGUUCCUUGUCAAGAGGCUCAGGGCGCAACCCAGCCUCCCGAGACGGUUCUCUGAGUCGGCAAGCUGCUCAGAACCGUGCAUCGUCUGUGUCCUGAUAAACCCUGUGUGAAUUUUUAGCAUUAUUUAUGAUCACUUUGUGGAGUGGAUGUGACAGCCCUGCAGGUUAAACUCACGACCAACUGGAACAGACUGGCUUUAGGUGUGGGAAAACUGGUAUGACCGCAUUUAGAACAGAGCCAACAAAAUGGGACAGCCAUCAAAAUGGUACAGCCAACAUAGUGGGGCAGCCAACAAAAUUAGACAGCCAACAAGGAAAAAACUAGCAGUCAAGAAACUUUGCAGUUUUUUCAUUGCAGCACUGGGUAGAAAUUUCUAUAUGGUGCAAUAUGCAGUUAUGCAACCCAAGAAAUAGCAUGUUUAUUUAUUUUAGUAAAUAUCUGCCUGUCUUAAUUGCUAUGUUUAAUUUCUUUCAUGAAUGUAGCUGUCUUUUUUACUGAAUAUACUUACCUGCUUUGAUCGAUAGUUGAUCUUAAUAGUUUUCUCCAUGAUGCACACUUUUUUUUACUGAUUGUCCUCAGCGAAAAUAGGAAAGAAAACUGUACAUCAUCUACUGCAGUGCUGUGUUUGGAUCAUAGGCUAUUUCACAAAAAACUUGUGGUGAACUGCUUCUUGCCAGACAGUAUUGUGGCUGAUUUAGGCAAAACUGUUGAUCUGGUUUAGAGAUACCCUCACACUCAAAAGAACUGUUGAAGACUGGUGUUUGAUGGCAAGUCCUUGUGCUGUUCUAGUCAGGGUAACAUAUCUUCUAGUCGUGCUGCACCAGGUGACAUCAUCCUGCGAGACUGUGUCAUGUGGAUGAUGCAAGUAACUGCCUUCUGUGCCAUUUGGUCUUGAAUUUAGCUUCCCCAUUUAGCUGAGCUGUGUGAACAAGGCUUUUUUUUUUUUUUUUUUUGCAAGCCUGUGGGAGAUCUUAGCUAUUUUGUGCAGAACUUACAGAAUGUCAGUGUGACUGGUGGAGGCCGCUUCUUUUGCUUGUGGCAUAAAAAUUGGCUCCUCUUGCUUGUCUCACUCUUGCAUCUUUUUUUUUACAUAACUUUUGCCUUACAAUAGGACUGACUUGAAGAAAAUAGGACUUGGAUGGUUUCAGUCCAUUGAUCUGAUUUGAUUCAAAUUGGUUAAGACUUUGCAGAACCACAGUUCUAGGAUUCUUCUACACUUUGGAGUGAUAUUUUUCCAUUUAAAGUAGUAUGUAUAUAUUACAGGCAGAUAAAUCACAGAGAACUUCUAAAGAUAAACUUGUAAACCACAUGGGAAGUAAAGGCAAAGCUCUCUUCAAAAGAUGCGGGCACAAGGAUAAGCCUUUUUCAAACUUUGUUGUAAAGCAAAAAUUGACGUCUCAGAUCUCUCACAGUCUUUUAUUGUUCACCUGAUGUAUAGCUUCUUACCUCAAAGACAGUCCUGAUGGGGACCUUAACUGUUUGCCACCAUGACAAAGGGAGAGCAAUCUCCCUGGAGCUUGAUAGUAGUGGGUGAGAGCUGGAGAAAUGAAGGGGAAAAGGAUGUUCGUCCCACCCUCUUCUGAAAAGGCCUUGGAGUCUGAUUUUUGCUCUCAUCCAGCUGAUGGAAUUUGGUGUGUUGCCAUGCCAACAUACUUGCACACCUUGUCCUCCUUGGAUGAUGCCAGUCAUGGACACGUAGAUACUCUCUUGUAGAUAGCAGUACCUGCAAUACCCAAUGUAGAUACUCUCUUGUAGCUAGCAAUACCCAAUGCUGCACUUGCUGUAGGAAGCUCAGGGGUCAGGCUGGUGGAAAAGCACAUGCCUUAAGAUGCCUUUGGGAUGUUCUGCUUUCAAAGGAACAUGCCUGUCAGUUUUAUUGUUCAUAUGAAAUGGACUGUCUUUUCUAGACUGACUUUGGUGUCCCAGAGUUCCUCUGCAAAUGUGGCUCCCUGCUUCCAUGGCUUUGUGCCCAUUUGUGUGAUGAGGGGAAGCACUGCAGGAUAUACUCUGUGCUUUGUCGGUGGGUCUUUGACAUAGUUAAUAGUGUGUGACAGCCACAGGUGGUACAUGUUAUGACAAUGGCAGGUGUGAUUUUCUCACCGGUUAUUGACGUGCCGCUUGACCAUACUUUCAGCUUUGCUGUAGGAGAUUGGCUGGUACUUUGGGGCCUGAUCGCUCAGCCAGUAAGAUUACUGGCAAGGUGAUGGGUAGAUGAUAACAUCAAAGCUCUUCUUCACUUAUUGUACCAGCUUUGCCCUCCUUCAUGCCAGCCCAUGGAAUCAUUAUCACAAUCAGCUGUUUACAAAAUUUUUCUAAAGAACUGUGCUAUAAAAGCACAUCACACUUAAUCCUUCUUGCCUAUCAAAGGUCAGAAACUGUAAAUAUGACUGAAAUAAUUAGAAUGAACCUUUUUCUGAAAAAUAUUAGAUGGCUGCCAUACAGAUUACAGAAGGGUAUUUACAAAAAUAAAAUGUAUGAGAAACACACAACAAGCAAUUUUCUAAUGCCACUUUUGGGUAGAUGAAGAAAUUUUCUAAGAGAAGUUGCCAGAUAUACAUCAAGAUCUGUAAAGGAGAGCAGUUUCACUCUUCCAGGAGUUACACAAGGAUCAUUGAUGCAGGAGAAAGACAAAGAAGGCUUUGAAUCAACAGCAGCAUCCUCCUGUAGCUUUUAUAGUACUGAAAAAUUUCUUUUGCUAAGCCAUCCUAGACACCAUUGGCAUCUGCUUUUCACGUCAGUUUGACCCUUGGUAUCAAUGCUAUGAGUUUACUGUAAAUUGGCUGUCAGGUUUGUGAAAUGCAGAAUUUGUGCUAAUGGCAGUAUUGUUUAUAAGCUGAUACUUUUAGGUUUGUAUUUUUGCAAGACUAGGUCUAGAAUUUUAUACUUGGAGUUUUGGCUUUGUUGUAUACUAUGCAUACUUUAUUAUGAAUUAUUAACUAUGAAUCACCUUUCAUAUGCAAAGUGCACCUGCGUUGUUGAGUCCUUUGAGCAGUCAAAACAAAGAAAGAAGUUACAAGUAAUAAUGAGAAAAUUAUCGCUAAUAAUUCAGUCCUUGUGUUCUGUGACUUUUAUCUCAGUCAAAGAUUGCAUUUGAUAUAAACUUUGUUUUGUCUCAUUACUCUUUCUUUUUAGCCCUGCAUACACUCUACUGAAGUUGUUUCAUUUCUGUUAUUUACAGGGGUACAUCUUCGUGUACACGGUCUCUCUCUUUAUGUUCUAGGACAAAAUCUUUUCAGAUAUUUAGCUACAUUAUCUUCCAACUUUUCUUUUGUGAGCUUACAUAUUAUGAAUUUCCACUCAUUAACAUAUAUCCAUUUAGCCUCCCAAGUUAUAUGCUUGGGGUAUUUUGUAUAUAAUUAUAUUAUUUAUUAACCUUGACCUGUUCUCACCUCUAUUCCCUCAGACCCCCCACCCAUCCCGAUGUCAGCCUUCCAAGUCACCCAUUCCAACUAACAAAGCAUAUUUUGCAUGAGGUUGAAUGUAUCCCGUGGUGCAGUGCUGGUGUUUCUAUGAGCACUGGCUUACUAGCUACACCUGGAAUAUAUAGGAAUACUUGGGAAUAUGGCUUACAGGUUUGAAUUUUUGUGGAGAUUCUUCUUUAUUCCCCAAUGAGUGAGAUUCCUUGAGGAGAGUAUUGUUGUGUUUGUAUUGUUGACAGAAAACUUGAAUUGUGAAAGAAAGGUUUUAGGAUGGUGAAAUGUCUUAAAAUACUGUCUGAAGCACAGUGACUUUUUCUCACUUUGGUUUAAUUUAUCCUGUAGUUUGUUUGUUUUUUUGUAAUUUGUUGGUUUGUACAAAGCCCUAAUUAAAUGCUAAGCAUGUGUUAGCCAUUAUAAAUACUUUCAGUCAGUAUAAUGUUUCAACAAAAUUAUGCAAAUGGCUUGGAGAAUGUUUGUCAUAACCUGGUAUUUGCUGCAGUAGUACUCAUCUUUGUAAUAAUUGUCUCUUUCCACACCAACAAGUUAAAAACUAAAAAAAUUGUGUUUCUUCUUUGAUCUCGAAGGAUCCUGAAGAUGUUUGUGAGGGGUGUUGCUGGAGCUUAACUGACAUCCAGUAAAUAUAUAAGCAGACUUGUUUCCUAAUUUAUCUGCAUAUUAAAAAAGCAGGUAGACUCGCCUUCCAUCCAGUUCACUGAUAUCUAAUGUGAAACUGCAUCAUAUCAAGCAUUUUGCAGCACUGUAACAUGAAGUGUUUUGGAGCUGACAAUCAUUUGCCUUUAUCCUCCCCUUCCCCACCCACCCACCUUCCACACUCCCUGUGGUAUGUUUUUAUGUUAUUAUUUUGGGUGUAUCCAGCCUGCCAGAGUGAUGUUGGGGUCAUGUGCAGAAAUACCUGAUCUCUCCUUUCCUCGCCUUAUUUCUAUAUUUAUUCUUUUGUGGUUUCCUUUUUUGCUGAAUCAGUUUCUGAUGGUUAUAUUUAUUUCAUUUUGUAUUUGAUGUAAAAUCAAAUUUAUACAUUUCACCAGUGAUGGCAUAUCUCAUAUAUUUCAUCUUGCACACUUAGUAGCCUAAACGUUUUUUUUUAAGAAAACAAUUACUAUACCCUUCUUGAGAAAUCAAUCUUUCAGAACUACGGAAAUUUUUUUUAAGAAAAAUAACAAGGAAAUAACAUGCAACAUGAAGAACGAAAGGUUGUUCCUUAUUUAAAUCAUGAUUUGUUAAGUUUUUUUGAGUGUUCUGGUGUGUAUUUGCAUGUAUGUACCGCUGACCUCAUUUGAAACCGGUCAGUAAUUCUAGAACAAAUAAUGCUGAUCACAUAAAUUUUUAUCACCCUUUCAGAAAAUUUUGUUUGCUCAGCUUGUGUAUCCAAAUUGUCUUCGCUAUUCAGUUUCAGUGAAUUAGUUUAAUCCAUUUUGAUGAUGAACAGAAAAGUGCUCAAUUUUCAAUUUACUUUCAAAUUCUAACAUUGCUCACAAUUCUUCGAUGGUAAUUGAUCACAACACACUUAAACAUGAUUAAUGUCUUUCUUAUAUGAUUCAAACACCUUGAAAAUGCACCACCAUGUUUUGUGGCACAAAACUAUGUAAGAAACCACCAAACCAUCUUUCAUUUUGUCUUUGGUCUUCAGUUGUUUUACUUAAGCACCAGUCCCAGACAAAGUCUUGAUAUACAGCAUUAGGUGAAAGUAUUUGUAAGCUUAUUCAAGUUAUUGUCUGUUUGUGGGUGGGUGGUUUGUGGUAUAGAUGGUUGUGGGAAUGUGAACCUUGUUUUUUAGUUCAUUGUCUAUAAAUGUUUGUUUGCUUCAAUAUUGUCCACAGCUGUGUUUACUUUUCAUGUUUUCUCCAAAUGUUUGUGUUUACAGUGCUUCUAAAGACAUUUGUGUACAGGGACUCUCUUUUUGAGGGACAUUCUGACAUUAUUACAAACGAUUGGUUGUCAUUAAUAAGAUGUGUCAAAAAAUGUUAUUUUAGUUAUGUCUCUAUUUCAUAGCUAAAGGGAGACAAUAUUUAUUAUUGAAAACAUUCUGAAUAAUAUAUUUGAUAUAUAGAAUUUAAUAUGGAGCAUUUUUCUUGUUAGCAUACAUAAAUCAUACUCAUAGCACUGGCUGUUCUUGUUGGAUGUGAUAAAACAUGUUACCCCUUCUCCCCAUGUUUGGUUUUGUUCUGUCCUCUUGUUGUCAUGUGAUUUUAGCAUUGUGCCUUUGAAGAGAAACUAACGUGAUAUCAAAGAGUUGUCUGUGUAGAAGAUUGUUUCAUGAGUGUUUCCUCCUCUCCUGCCAAAAAUAAAUCUACUUUUUAUUCGUGAUCCAGUUUGUUCAGUGUAAAAGAUUUUAAUACCUCCUCUGCUUUUUUCUAAUAAUUAAUGUUAGAUUUUAGUGAAGAAGGAAUUUUAACUUUAGCUUGAACUGGUUAUGAGAUGGUGAUAAGAUUAAAUCAGUACAGUGAUAAUUUUAUAGGUGUGCCUCCAUGUCACCAGGGCUGCACAAGACACUGGAAAUGAAUCUUUGAUGCUGAGCGUCUAGACAGACUUGAGCAUGUUUACAAAUAAGUUUUGCUUUUAUAUUUUGUUUGUAGUUUGCUCAGUGCAAAAGAAGGAAAAGAAAUGAUUUCCAUCACAGAUUGCAUAGCAAAAGUAGUCUCUUAUUCUUCUUCCAGUUUAUUUUAUUUAUUAUAUUUUCCCAAAUACUUGUCAUUUUCCCAAACUACAGGCCUGGUUGAUUGCCUUGAUGUGCAUGUAUGUGUGCUAAUAAGAACACAAGCAUAUGUUAGUGUGAAUGUGCUGAUUUGUGAGUGGCCACAAAUUACAUGCAGUUUCUUACUUACAUUCAAGUUAGUUAUUGUUUUCUUGAUUAGGAUUACCACAUACUAAUACAAGAAUGAACAGAGACAACAUUUCAUUAUUAAAAAAAAAUAAUCAUAUAAAUAAUAGGUACAUAUUUGAAACAUCAUAUGUACUUAAAUGCCAAAUUAAAAUCUUUCAGUACACUAGCUGAACAUUUUUACCAUCUGGUACAGGUAGCACUAUUGAAAUGUUAAAUGAAUAGUCAUCCAGAUCAACAGAAGAAAUAGCAUGACAUUUUAUGAACCUUUUACUUCAAGAAGAGCAAGAUAUUGUUGCUUCAAGAAGAAGAAGACACUGUUGUUGUGGAAAGGUCUUUUAAGGUGACUUGCUUUACUUUUUUUUAAGUUUCAUGAAGAUACUGUUGAGUAGACAGAGGAGCUUAUUGUUGAAUAGACAAAUUGCAUGACAAUUAGAUGCUUAGGUAGAGUUAGCCAUUUCCUCACUGACUGUGUCAUAUGCUGCUUGCACUUCUUGUUAUCUAACGUGUUUCUUUAUCUUGGUAUAUUGUGAUCUUUAUAGAAGAAUUUGCAUAAAAGUUUUGACUUGUUUGUUUCAUUGUGUACUGCAAACCUCAUUUGUUUUGUUGUCAUGUGGAUGGCUCCAUCUUACUACCACUUGUUAUUCUCCAUUCUUGGCAUCUUUCCCAUGUCCAUGUCUUCCUUAUCAGUUAAUGCCUCACCAUAGUACCUCAAAGUAUCCUAUUUCUGUAACUCUUUAACAUGCAUUUGUUUCUUGCACUAGAUUGACAAAAAAAACAAAAACACACGGAUUCAAUGUUGGGGAUUCUUACUCAGUGCAAAAUGCACCACUUCCUCUGUUGCCUGAAUUAUUGUCUGUUUUUGUAGCUGUCUAGAUGUUUGUAUUACAACAAUCACUACAGUAGCAAACAUAUAACGUGAAGAACAUUUUCUGUCCUGUGUUUGAAUAUUUACUUUCAUUUUCAGGUUAUGUUCUCAUUUUCUCAGGUAAAAUUAAGCCUUUAACUACUUUAAAGCCAGAUGUGUCUCUUUGAGAAAAAGGUAUUCUUGGUGAAGCAGUCUUGAAUAACAGAAAUGUUCAGUUGUCUGACUCCAUGAUGCUGGUCUUAAGAUUCAGUUUCUCAGAAAUUCCUGCUAAUUUUUCAGAUCAUCUGAUUUCUGGUACCAGUUGAAAUUCAACUUUCAAUUCUUAGAAAUUUUUUAGUGUGUGAUAUGUAAUCCUGUGGAAUGUGAUAGUCUAAAUGGUGUGACCAGUGUAAAUUCGUGAUACAAAAAUAUCAGUUAUUUAUUGAACAUCAGUACACAAAGAAAUAAAACUGUCGAAACUAC